CCGGAAUGGAGGAAGCUCGGGCGUUUAAAUACGUGAACCCAUCGCUGCCACGGCCCAUGACGACGCCAGCGCCGAGCCAGAAGAAGCCCGAGGCCGCCAACCUCACGUCGCUGCACCAGUACCGGACGCAGACGAUGAAGGACUACGGUCUCAUGAUCGAGUACAAGCACAUGAAGCAGCAUGUGCCCAGCGGCAUCUACGUCCUCCCGAGCUUUGACAAGCCCCGUCUGUGGCACGGUGUCAUCUUCAUCCACCAAGGCCUCUACCGCAAUGGCAUCUUCAAGUUCUCGAUCCAUCUUCCAGACGACUACAACGGCAUUGGCACGUACCCGCGCGUCGAGUUCUACACCAAGGUCUUUCACCCGUUCGUGAACCCUGACACGAACGAGCUCGACUUGCUGCCCAAGUUUCCGACGUGGGACCCGGAUCUUCACUAUAUCGUGUCGGUCCUCGUGUACAUGAAGAGCAUUUUUUACACCAAGGAGUUUGCCUCCGACCUGCGCAACGUCGCCAACCCUCGAGCACUCGAAAUGUUCCGACGCCACCCCGAAUCGUACGUCGAGCAGAUCGACGCCUGCGUCGAAAAGUCCCUGGAAACCAUGUACCAAAACGAACCGGGCUCGAGCCUGCGCUUCACCAAGCCAAUCCCGGCCCACGAGAAGCUCCGACAGGAGUUUCUCCAGCAGCUCGGAGGCCAAGACACGGCGGGCAACGAUAGCGCCUCCGAAGACGUGCACAUGACGGCUCCGAUCUCCGUCAUGGGGCUCGACGACGAGUUCAAGCAGGUCGACGAAGAAGACGAAGACGGCGAAAGCUCGAGCUGAGCUCGCUGGCCUGUAUGCCUCACGUAGUGUACUGGCUGCCUGUCUAUAAAGAGACUUGUACGGAGCAAACGAUUCUGGUCUAGCUCACGGCUCGCCUCGUAGUAUUGUCCGC